GGUUGGUUGGUUGGUUGGUUGGUUGGUUGGUUUCGCUGUGAGUUAACCGGUCGGUCGGUUAGCGGAGGAAAUGGGAGGAGAUCCAAGGGGGGCAUCGGGGGCAGUCAGUGCAUGUGACAAGGCUCUCUUGAAAGUCUAAGAAAGUGGAAUGAUGAUGAUGGAAGAAAGGAUCUGCCAUGGCCUAUGUUGUUCCGAUUAUGAUGCAAAGGUCGUUUCAGUACAUAGAAGAAGAAAUUCAAAUGGCAGGCUGUGUGAAGUGGGCAUCUUCGCAGAGAGAGUGUUGAAAUGCGGUGCUCGUACGUUCUCUGGCUAUGGUAAUGGUGGCUGCCGUAACGUUGGCCGUCAGUGCUUGCAAUGCAAAAAAGGGCAGCUGUGUGUUGGUUGGGGCAGGGGGAAGGGUGUGGAAGAAGCGUGGGGGGAUGUGGCGUGUUGCCAGUAGAAAGGAGAGAGAGUUAAAACCCGGUCGGUUCGGUUCUUCUGGUCAGUGCAGUUUACGGCCCUGUGACGAUGAUGAUGAUCCUGAUGUUGUUGUUGAUGAUGAUGAUAACUAUGAUGAUGAUGAUGAUGAUGAUGAUGAUAACGUGAAAUGUUGCUGAUGACAGAGGAUGAGUGGCAGUCUUCCGCGCGGUUCUUUGGUGGGCGAGCUUGCGACGAACUUUCGGCAGAAUCUACGUGGCAGUUGAUUGAUCGUGUCGCGUGUUACUCUGUCUUGUUGUUUUCUGGCGGCUCUUCCGUCGGACGAUGUUCUGUCUCGAGCCCGCCGAGAUUGACACGUGUCUCCUUAUGUUACGGCGCGCCGUGGGACAUUCCCGUUCUGCGAAUCACCUCUCUCGACUUCACUUCUGCUCGCGCUACUCAUGUUUAGUGUCAUGGGUCGGCUGUCAGUUGACUUGAAAAUUUGUUGGUGUUGGGUGGCGGGGUCUCACUGGAGGGCAGCACAAGCGCAUCUGGAUUAGUAAGUUCGUCGUCCGUGUUAGAUUGCCAACCAGCUCAUGGUCGAUCAAAGAAGGGUCUCUUUCUUCUGUCUGAUUUAUGUGUGGCUGCUGCUGGAUCUGUGAUUGACUGGCAAGCAGGGAGGCAGACGGAUGAAGCGCAUCUCUACUUCGUGGGUCGUUGGAUGGUUGUUUUUGUGCACGCAGAGAGACUGCUACUCGUUGGAUUGUGCCAGCCAACCAACUCACGGUCAAUCGAGAGAACGGUCUUUUUUUUUCUGUCAGAUAGAUGUGUGGCUGCUGUUGGAUCUGUGAUUGGCUGGCCAGCAGGGAGGAGGCGGCGGACAAAAGGGCAUCUCUUCUUCGUCGGUCGUUGGAUGUUUUUUUUUGUGUGUGUGCAGAGAGACUGGUACUUGUUAGAUUGCCAACGAACCAACUCAUGGUCAAUCGAGAGAACGGUCUCUUUCUUCUGUCAGAUAUAUGUGUGGCUGCUGUUGGAUCUGUGAUUGGCUGGCACGCAGGGAGGCGGACAAAAAGGAAUCUCUCCGCUUCGUCGGUCGUUGGAUGGUUGUUUUUGUGUAUGCAGAGACUGUUAUAUUGCCAACCAACUCAACUCAUGGGCGAUCGAGAGAAGGGUUUCCUUCCUCUGUCAGGUGUGCAGUUUGUGUGGGCUGCUGUUGGAUCUGUGAUUGGCUGGCUGGCAGGGAGGCAGACAAAAGCGCAUCUGCACUUCGUCGGUCGUUGGAUGGUUUUUGUAUAUGCAGAGUCGACUCUUAAGUAUGAUGCACAGCAGGGAGGGAGGGAGCGAGGGAGGGAGGGAUCUUUCUGGCCGCCGAAAGGACAAGCGAGCGGCUGGCACAAUGUCUACCAUGUUCCCGCCUCGCGGUUUAUAUAUUAUUGUAAACUUUGCGUCCGUUCGGUUUUUGAUUCGUUGCCGAUGCCACCACUCUUCGUGUCACUGUGUGAGAAAAGUACGCUUUGCCUCCCUUUUGAUUGAUUGACAGCGAGAUGCAAUUCAACGUGGUGUGCUCUCUCCACGUGUCGUUGUGGAGUCGCCUUCGCGUCUGACUUACUGUCGUUGAAAAACGAACAGGAUAGAGGGAACGCGCGUCAGCUGCACUUGUAUCAUGGGAUGAUGGCUGAUCCUCCUCCGUUCGGUCACGUCUCUCAUCUAUCUGAUCUUUGAUACGAUGUUGUAUUGAAUGUCUGCCGGAGCACGACAUCGACAGAAAAGUGCCUCUGACGAUCAAUAGCUGUGCAGUUUCCCACCACCUCAGUUUGGUUUAACGGGUUGACGAUCAGUGCCGCUGUUCACUUCCGGUCGGUUCAGUUGAGUGAGUGGUUUUUGGCAUAUCUAUCCAUCCAUCCAUCCAUCCAUCCGUCGAUCGAUCGAUCGAUCGUGCUGCAGCGUUUGUCGGAGAAGCUGCCUUCUUCGCGGUUUGAUAAGAGUCUGUGAUUGCUGGCUGGAUGGUGAGGUUUCCGGAAGGGAUUGGCUUUUUAAGUGAGGGCCUUGUUCUGCUCUCUCUUUGUCUGCUGUCCUGCAGAGCCGGCUGUCGGAAUCGCACUUCGUUACACUAGUGAAGCAACAAGAUCCGCCCUCUGUCACCUCUCCGGCUGUUGUGUUCUGAUACAUGAUACGAACAAACAUGCAUUCACUCU